AUGUCUGCACCAGAUUUUUCAGUUUCCUCCAAAACCGCUGUUGAAUACGAACAAGCAUACUCUGCGCACAACUACCACCCACUCCCAGUGGUUUUCACCAAGGCCCAAGGUGCCCACGUUUGGGACCCAGAAGGAAAGGAAUAUCUUGAUUUCCUUUCUGCUUACUCUGCUGUUAACCAAGGUCACUGCCACCCAAAGAUUGUUGGAGCUCUUGUUGAUCAAGCCUCUAAAUUGACCCUUUGUUCCAGAGCCUUCUCGUCCGACGUUUUCGGUGUCUUCUCCAAGUAUGUCACCGAGUACUUCAACUACGAAAUGGUUCUCCCAAUGAACACCGGUGUUGAAGCUGUCGAAACUGCCUUGAAAUUGGCAAGAAGAUGGGGUUACGUCAAGAAGGGAAUCCCAGAAGGUGAAGCCAUCGUGUUGUCCGCUGCCAACAACUUCCACGGUAGAUCUAUCGGUGUUAUCUCCAUGUCCACCGAUCCAGAUGCCACCACCAACUUCGGUCCUUACCUUAGUGGUGUUGGUCCACAAAUUCCAGGUGAACCAGCUGGAACCCUCUUAAGAUACGGUGAAAUUGAAGACGUUGAAAAGGCAUUCGCUAACGCUGGGGACAAGAUCGCUGCUAUCUUGUUGGAACCAAUCCAAGGUGAAGCCGGUAUCGUCGUUCCUCCAGAAGACUACCUCACCAGAGUCCAACAACUAUGCAAGAAGCACAACGUCUUGUUGAUCUGUGACGAAAUACAGACUGGUAUUGCCAGAACCGGUAAGAUGUUGUGUUACGAACACUCCAAGGACGUCAAGCCAGAUGUCGUCUUGUUAGGUAAGGCCAUCUCCGGUGGUGUCUACCCAGUCUCCGCCGUCCUCUCUUCAAAGGAAAUCAUGUUGACUCUCGAACCAGGUUCGCACGGUUCUACCUACGGUGGUAACCCAUUGGCCUGUAGAGUUGCUACUGCUGCUCUUGAAGUCGUCAGAGAAGAGAAAUUGGUGGAAAGAGCCCAAACCUUGGGUGAAUUGUUAAGAUCCAAGUUAGAAGAAUUGAAGUCUGAGUCCAAUGGUAUCAUCUCUGAGGUUAGAGGAAGAGGUUUGUUAUCAGCUAUCGUCAUCGACGAAUCUAAGACCAACGGUAGAACUGCUUGGGACUUAUGUUUAUUGAUGAAGGGUCACGGUGUCUUGGCCAAGCCAACCCACGACAACAUCAUUAGAUUAGCACCACCAUUAGUCAUCUCUGAAGAAGACUUAUUGAAGGGUGUUGACUCUAUCAAGCAGUCUUUGGUUGACUUGCCAAAUGCUGAAAAGACUCACCAUUAA